ACAGCUGUACCUAGACUAGUUGUAUUAGUAGUGGGCCUCAGCUGUGCUAUGGAUGCCAGGAGAUGCUUCUUCAGCGAACUACUCCCGCUGCACGAGAGGCCCAAAGUGACGUUUUCGGCGGACACAAAGCAAAGCUACAAAGACCAGGAUGGAUACUGUCCCUGGCUGAUGGAGGGUGACGAGGAGUUCGCCCCUCGGGAUCCUGGGGUGAUCCGACCUCCACCAAGAGCAUUCACCGCCAACGACUUUGAGGGUCACAGGGCUCACACGAUGUACGUGGGGGUGCAUCUACCCGGGGAGAAGCGACACCGCAAACACAAACACUCCAGAGCGAACAGCCGGGACUCCGACGAAGAGGACAGACCUAGACAGUUUGCGAUGGGUCGUCGCCUGUCCAGGCUGGCCAGUAUCACCGAUGACGGAGAAACCUUCACACCUCCUGCACAAAGGGUCCAGUUCAUUCUCGGAGAAGAUGGCGACAACAAUACUCAUGAAGUUCAUCCGUUGUUUUCGGAAAUGGAAGAACUGUUCCGAGAAGACGACUGUCUUGAGUGGAGAGAAACUGCAAGGUGGAUUAAGUUUGAAGAGGAUGUGGAAGAGGGUGGAAACCGGUGGUCCAAACCUCACGUUGCGACUCUCAGCCUACACUCAUUGUUUGAGUUGCGUAGUCUUCUGCUCAACGGAACCGUGGUGCUCGACAUGGAGGCUUGUACCCUCGAACAAGUAGCAGACUUAACACUCGACCAUAUGGUUAAUUCCGGUGCUCUCCAUGAAGAUGCUCGGGAGAAAGUGAGAGACAUAUUACUACAGAGGCACAGGCAUCUUCACGAGAGACGUAAGGAGAGCAACAUGAGAGGGCUUCCAAUCAUACGAUCUCUUGCAGACAUUGGCCGGAGUCAUUCCUCCUCAAAAAACAUGCAGCGGAGUGGGUCGGAUAGAUCCGUGGCUCGCACAAGCAGCCUCCCCACCCCUCAGGAACCGUUUCCAGCAACAACUACAACCACGGGACAACGGUUUCUCACCGUGCCAGGAGCUCCAGCAGGGGGAGGUGGAGGGGGUGAGGGAAUGGAUAGAAGUCCGAGCUCUGUGUCUAUGAGCAGAAACCACAGCUUUAGUGAUAUCAUCGGUGAACACAAAGGAAACUUGGGGUUCAUGAGGAAGAUUCCACCAGGAGCAGAAGCCUCCAACAUCCUGGUGGGAGAAGUUGACUUCCUGGAGAAACCUUUGUCUGCCUUCAUCCGACUGAAGACGUCUACAGUGUUUGGUGAUCUGACGGAAGUCCCAGUACCUACACGCUUCAUGUUCAUCCUGCUAGGACCUACGGGAGGCAUCGCCAGUUUCCACGAGAUUGGUCGUGCGAUGGCAACACUCAUGAGUGACGAAGUGUUUCACGAAGUAGCCUACAGAGCUCGUAACCGCACACAUCUGUUGGCCGCGGUGGACGAGUUCUUAGACGCAGUGACAGUGCUGCCACCUGGCGAGUGGGACCCCAGCAUACGCAUAGAGCCGCCCGCUGCAGUGCCUUCACAGGAUCCCAGGAAGAGGCCAGAGAAGCCUAUAGAGUAUGUUGACCCUGAAAUCCUGGAGCAGAAAUUGAGGGAAGAGUCUGGACUUUCCCGGACUGGAAGAUUGUUUGGAGGACUGGUCAAUGACCUCAAGAGGAAAGCGCCUUGGUAUUGGUCAGACUUCAAGGAUGCCUUAGCAAUGCAGUGUGUCGCGUCUUGGAUCUUCCUCUACUUCGCCUGUCUCUCCCCAAUCAUCACGUUCGGCGGUUUGCUCAGUGAAGCCACAGGCAAGAACAUGGCCGCUAUGGAGUCCCUCAUCUCCGGGUUCGUCUGUGGCAUGGGCUACGGGUUUUUCUCCGGGCAGCCUCUCACUAUCCUCGGAUCCACCGGACCUGUCCUGGUCUUCGAGACUAUUGUUUAUGAUUUCUGUGGGAAUGCAGGUUGGGACUACAUGUCGUUCCGGCUGUGGAUCGGCCUUUGGGUCGCAUUCAUUUUAUUCGUCCUUGUUGCCAUAGAUGCGAGUGCACUCGUCUGUUAUAUUACGAGGUUCACAGAAGAAAAUUUUGCUACGCUUAUUGCAUUUAUUUUUAUAUAUAAGGCUGUAGAGAAUGUGCUGAGGAUAGGCAAGAAGUUCCCCAUAGACAGCCAUAGAGGAGAUCACCUGACACAUUGUAUGUGUGAGCCUCCGCCACUCCUCGUCUCGGUGGAGGGCUUCAACUGGACCACUCUGGAGAGGGAGGCGUGCGUUGCCUUGAACGGGUCCUAUGUUGGCGAGGGCUGCGUCAACACAAGACAUGUACCUGAUGUAUUCCUAAUGUCCAUCCUUCUCUUUUUUGGAACCUUCACAAUCUCAAUCAUACUGAAGGAUUUCAAAACUGCUUUGUUCUUCCCAACUAAAGUACGUCAAUUCAUCAGUGACUUUGCGGUGAUAAUCGCCAUAGUUUCUAUGACAUUUAUUGACUACUUAUCAAACAUACCUACUCCAAAACUAGAGGUGCCGAGUGAGUUCAAACCAACUCUGCCUGGUCGAGGCUGGGUCGUCUCUCCCUGGAAGAACCCCAUCUGGACCAUCCCUCUGGCUGUGCUUCCUGCCCUUCUGGGCACCAUCCUCAUCUUCAUGGACCAACAGAUCACUGCUGUUAUAGUUAACCGCAAGGAAAACAAGCUCAAGAAAGGAUGUGGGUAUCAUCUAGACCUGUUUGUGCUCUGCAUCCUGAUCGCUGUAUGCUCUAUCAUGGGUCUGCCAUGGUUCGUGGCAGCCACUGUAUUGUCCAUCAAUCACGUCAACUCGCUCAAGCUGGAGUCUGAGUGUGCCGCGCCCGGGGACAAACCACAGUUUCUAGGAGUCAGGGAACAGCGAGUGACUCACAUCCUGAUCUUCCUGAUGAUCGGCCUAUCAGUGACCAUCACGCCCGUGUUGCGUCACAUUCCCAUGCCGGUGUUGUUCGGAGUGUUCCUCUACAUGGGCGUGGCUUCCCUCAAGGGUCUACAGUUCUUUGACAGGAUACUCAUCAUGUUCAUGCCAGCCAAGUAUCAGCCAGACUACAUGUUCUUGAGGAAGGUACCAAUAAAGAGGGUUCACAUGUUCACGUGUAUACAGUUUGCAUGCUUGGUCAUGCUCUGGCUCAUCAAGUCUUUCCAGAAAACUUCCAUUCUCUUCCCUCUCAUGUUGGUUGUAAUGAUUGGAAUAAGAAAAUCGUUGGAUUUCAUCUUCACUCAGAGGGAGCUAAAGAUUCUGGAUGACGUGAUGCCAGAAACUAUAAAAAGGACGGAAGAAGAUGAGAAGGAAUUAGGCCCUGAGGAGGAAAAACAAGGAAUGGAUGACAACCUACAAAUUCCUUUGGCGAAUGGAAAUAUAAUGAAGAUACCUCUAACUUCCAUUAACAUAUCUGAAGAGGUUCCCAAAACUGGCAUUUGGAAACAAGUAAACAUGAACAAAAGUGAAAAGAAACACAAUUCGAUAAAACUGAAGAAGAGAUCGUUGUCGAAGGAGGCGGCGACGGAUGAAGAGAAAGUGAGGUUGGCUCCGAUGGCGGAACAGGAAGAGGAUGAUGGGAGGGUGACAAUCAAGGUGGGGUCAGACCCCUAACACAAGGGAUGAUUCUGAUUGUUGACAAAGCGAGGAAUCUAAAGACGUUGGAGCACAGAAAUGACUUCUACUCGGACAACGGGAGCGAAACUACCGUCUGAGGUCACCAGGUGAUUUAAUGACACCAAAAUAAGUGAGCUAUUUUGUUGUACUAUAUUAUAACGUAACUUUAAAAAUAGAGUAUUAUUGUUAUGUUUUAAUGUAAAAUAAAAAUGAAAACCACUGUGUACUGAUUA